UGAUCAUGUCAACAAUUCAUACACAUGAUGACAAAGGUCGGUUAAAAGUUUGUUAUUAUGUAACAGAACUCGUCCGUGACGAGUUGGGCCAUAGCACAAGGGGUUUAGUUUAAUAAGUGUCGAUCGCUCACAUGUCUCGUCGCUUUAGAGUCAUUCAUACAAAUUCGAAGAAAUCAUCCAUGAUAUAUCACCAUGGUUCGUCGCCAAAAGGAGAAUAAUGGAUGCCAUGUUGAAAAGGACAAGACAGUCCCCGAUGAAAAUUUUAAGUCGAAGAAGCACGAAGCCAGCAUGAUGACUGCAGUUCUAUCUCUUCUCGCUGUUACAUUAGCUGUAGUCUGUGCUGUCUUUCGAACUUCUCUUCUUCACCAUGGCCAAUCAUUCUGGAUUUCAUCAGGGGACUUCAUAGCCAGACAAUGGGGAAACUUCUAUGACUAUUUCGAAGGAAAUCAGGUCAAAAUGGGUUUAGUUCUGCAUUGUUACUCUGUCUUGGAGCAUUGGUUUGUGGGAUGUUUGUUCCUGAUCAUGGAUCUGACUGGAAAACCAAAGUUCAUUACCAAGCUCAAAAUUCAAGCUGAUCAAACCGAGAUUCCCACAGGUAGGUUGCUGAAGGCCCUUUGGACAGUAUUCCUGAACCAAACCAUCUACAGUCUUCCUAUUCUGGUUGCUCUUCAUUAUGGUACUGUAUGGAGAGGAAGUGGGAUCACUGUCGAUGAGCUACCAAGCUUCCAGACUGCAAUCUGUCAACUGGCUAUCUGUGUUGUGGUUGAAGAAAUCGGCUUCUACUAUACUCACAGAUUGCUUCACCAUCCAUCGAUGUACAAGACCUUCCACAAGAAGCAUCACGAGUGGACUGCUCCAUUCGGUAUGGUGUCCCUCUACAGUCAUCCAUUUGACUACUUCUUGUCCAACACCUUCCCCGUGGCCCUGGGCGCGGUCGUGGCUGGUUCUCACAUGCUUGUAACCUCGCUGUGGUUUAGGAUUACCCUCUUUGUGACUAUUGUCACUCACUCGGGUUACUAUCUGCCCUUCCUGCCCUCACCAGAGUAUCAUGACUAUCAUCACUUCAAAUUCACAAACAACUAUGGUGUUCUUGGGAUCUUGGACUGGCUACACGGAACAGAUGUACACUUCAGGAAAUCAAAAGAACUUCAACGCCAACAGAUCACUCAGUAAACUCAUUCUUGACAACCAAGACGAAUUUAAAAACGAAUGAAGCAAAAACACAAUCGUUAUAAAAGACUUUGGAAAUUCAAACCAAUGGGCAAUUUCAAUACCCUAUUCGAUAUCCAAUAGAAAUCUUGUUCGGAUGGAAGCUCUUUUUAACAAUCAUGUAAAAGAAUAUGUUUUGACUAAUACGUGAUGAUACAUUAAUAGGCGGGAAACCGGCUUCUAAUUGAUAUAUUUGGUAAAUUAUU